AUGCAACUCGCCUCCUUCACCACCAUUCUGGCCCUCGCCGCCUCGGCCUCCGCCACCACCAUCUACGGCACGCUUCAGUUGUGGUACGACGCCAACGCAGCCUGCACCCAGGACACGAUCCUCUACCCAGAGGGCCAGAGCCUCGCAAUUGGCACUCUCGACAGCUGCGAAGCAGUCACCCCUGGAGUCGACGGUGCUGAAUUCCAGCAGUUUGAGGGCAUCCCUCAAACCCCUCUGUUCGGCUUCCAACUAUUCUCCGACGCUGAGUGCAAGGACCUGGUGACGGACAAGUCAGGGGAAUGCGUCACGGGUAUCAAGUCCUACAAGAUUGUGCGUCUGUAA